CAAGCUCACCACGAGCAAACGAAGAAGCAUCACACCACCGGCACCACCUGUCCCGGCCCGUUCCCUCAUCCGGCCCAGCCCAUCGCAUCCACCGCGGACACCGCGAUCCAUGCGGUGGUGACCACCCGGCCCCAGCACCAGACUUCCCGUGCCCCGGGCCCCUUCCCUCUCCCAGCCUAUGCGGUCAUCCGCAAGGCCGCUCUCCAAGUUUAUGUGACUAGCACCCCCAAGCCCAAGGGGCUCCCUCGCCCGUAA